GAAUCAGAUUAAAUCACUCAUUAGGACACAUUCCUCUCUGAUCACGCCUCACAGUCCUCUGUUGUGGGGGAACCGGCGAGAUUGGAUUAUUUGUUGAGCGUCAGCCUCGCUUUUUUUUUCCUACAUUUCCCAUACUGCACCGCUGCGCAGCCGCUACUUGUCGCUGCUGUCGCUCUCCGGCUGCCUGUGAAGUGCCCGCGGUGAGCUGGUCCAGCAUCCCUGCGCAGGCAGCGGGCAGCAGGCAGGCAGGCAGCGGGCAGCGGGGUGACGAGCUGUUAGAAUAAACCAGGUGAAAAUAUGUAACUGCGGGGAAAAAGCUUCUGCGUCGGCGGCUCGCGAUGAGGGAAGGAAGACAUGGCAGAUUGGAUUUCGCGCUGCGCCUCUGUGGAGCACGGACCGUUGUGUACUGAGAGAAAUAAUGCGGAAUAUUUCCCCCUGUAGGUGUUAACGCAGAAAAAAAAAAUAAAAUACAAGAUGAAGAAGCAGUUCAAUCGGAUGCGACAGCUCGCCAACCAGACGGUGGGAAGGGCGGAAAAAACAGAGGUGUUAAGCGAAGACCUUCUACAGGUGGAGAAGCGUCUGGACCUGGUCAAACAGGUGUCGCACAGCACCCACAAGAAGCUGACGGCCUGCCUGCAGGGUCAGCAGGGGACCGACAUGGAGAAGAGAUCCGUCAAGUCGCCGUCGAAAAAACUCCCGCUCACGAUCCUGGCUCAGUGUAUGGUGGAGGGUGCCGCGGUGCUGGGGGACGACUCUCUGCUGGGGAAGAUGCUGAAGCUGUGUGGGGAGACGGAGGAGAAGUUGGCCCAGGAGCUCAUCCAGUUCGAGUUCCAGAUCGAGAGAGAUGUGGUGGAGCCUCUCUACGUGCUCGCCGAGGUGGACAUCCCCAACAUCCAGAAGCAGAGGAAGCACUUAGCUAAACUCGUCCUGGACAUGGACUCCGCUCGGACAAGAUUUCAUCAGUCGUCCAAGUCCUCCAGUCACCCGAGCACGCUGCAGCCCGGCGCCAAAUCCGAGUCGCUCCGAGAGGAGAUGGAGGAGGCGGCCAAUCGGAUGGAGAUUUGUAGGGAUCAGCUGUCGGCAGAUAUGUACAGUUUUGUGGCCAAAGAAAUAGACUAUGCAAACUACUUCCAGACACUGAUAGAAACACAGGCAGAAUAUCACAGGAAGUCAUUAGAGAUCCUUCACAGCAUCCUGCCCCAGAUUAAAGCUCACCAAGAGGCGUGGGUGGAGAAGCCGUCGUUUGGCAAGUCUCUGGAGGAGCACCUGAACAUCAGUGGGAGAGAGAUCGCCUUCCCCAUCGAAGCUUGUGUCACCAUGCUGUUAGAGUGUGGCAUGCAGGAGGAGGGCCUCUUCAGAGUCGCUCCGUCAGCCUCCAAGCUGAAGAAGCUGAAAGCGUCCCUGGACUGCGGAGUUCUGGAUGUGCAGGAGUACUCCUCCGACCCGCACGCCAUCGCAGGGGCUCUGAAAUCAUACCUCCGUGAGCUCCCCGAGCCUCUGAUGACCACUGAACUUUAUGAUGAAUGGAUUCAGGCCUCAAACAUUCAAGACAUGGACAAGAGACUACAGGCGCUAAUGGCAGCGUGUGAAAAACUCCCCACAGACAACUUGAACAAUUUCAGAUAUCUCAUCAAAUUCUUAGCCAAGCUAAGCGAGUACCAAGACGCCAACAAGAUGACUCCUGGCAACAUGGCGAUCGUUCUGGGCCCUAACUUGCUUUGGACCCACACAGAACCGAACAUGACGGAGAUGAUGACCACGUUGUCCCUGCAGAUCGUCGGCAUCAUCGAGCCCAUCAUCCAGCACGCGGACUGGUUCUUCCCUGGAGAGAUCGAAUUCAACCUGACCGGCAGCUACGGCAGCCCGAUCCACACCAACCACAACUCCAACUACAGCUCCAUGCCCUCCCCGGACAUGGACCAAUCGGAGCGCAAGCAGCAGCACGACCAGAGCCGACGCCCACUGAGCGUUGCCACGGACAACAUGAUGCUGGAGUUUUACAAGAAGGAUGGCAUUAGGAAGAUACAAAGCAUGGGCGUCCGGGUGAUGGAUACCUCCUGGGUGUCUCGUAAGGGUUCGACCACGCUGGUCCGCAAGGCCUCCUCCACCCCUCCUGGGAUGCAAGGCCCCGGAUCUCCGGCGGACACGCUGAUCCCGGAGCAGCCCGGAGAGCUCGCCACGUCCCCGUCCGCGACGCCUCCGCUCGGCGAGAGGGUUUGCUCAGACAACGUGUCGCCCAAUCGGCCGGACACCUCUCAUGCCCACCCACCCCAGGGGGAGGACCGGCCACCCCCCCCUUACCCCACCUCCUCGUGCCACGCCGGCCCCCACCACUUCUACCCAAAACCCCCGCCCUGCGCUCGCCCCGUGGCACCGGGUCCAGAGUCCCAGCCCCCCGCCUCACCCCCGCCCCCGCUGCGCUGGUCUGGCUUCACUCCCCCCGCCCCGCCCCCUUCCUCCUCUUCCUCCUCCUCCUCCUCGUCACUCGACAUCAAUUCGAACCCCAAACCCAGCUGUCUGCACUUCCCCAAGCACAGCCCGCCUGGUGACAUGUCGCAUGCCGCCCCAGCAGACACUAACGCCUCACCGCUCUACAUCAAAACCCCCCUGGUACUAACCCGCCAUGACCAGUCCCUUGGCAACCCCCCUAGCCUCCCUUCGUCCGCGCCCCCGCCCCCGCCGUGGGCUGCCUGUCCGUGUGUCCGAGAGAGAGGACCCCCCAGGCUGACUAGUUCAUUGAAGAGUAAAGAGCUCUCACCUGUCAUUGGACACAAAGGCAUCCAGGUGGCAGGUCCUACUGUCCCCCCCAGCAGUAGUCCUCAGACCAGCAGCCAGUCCCCCCACUCCACAGAGCACAGUCCACACACCCUGCGCAAAGGUUCCAAGAAGUUGGCCCCCGUGCCUCCCAAGGUCCCUUACGGCCAGUCUGGCGGGAUGUCCGACCAGUCCACAGGUCAGCCGUCACCUGUCAGCCUGUCCCCCACACCUCCUAGCACCCCCUCCCCUUAUGGACUGGUCUGCCCUCCGGGGCAAGUGCCCCCAUCCUCCCCUGGGCAGACCCCUCUGGGGGCGCCCCACUCCCUUUCGUCCCCGCCCUCUCUGACCGGAACGCUCACCAAGUCGCGGCCCGCCCCAAAGCCCAGGCAGAGACCCAGUCUGCCCCCUCCUCAGCCGCCCACAGCCCCUCCGCUGCUCACUGGCCCGGGCAUGGCCCCGGUUCCCCAGCCCCUGGAGCAGGGCCUCCUGGAUGGACUGUCUCCUGGGGAGAGCAUGUCUACAGAUAUCUUCAAUUAUGAAAUCCCCUCCAUCAAUGUCAAUCUGGACAGCCUCAUCGAUGAGUUCAGCGGUGCCCCCUGCAGGAGGUCGGUGGCAGUGACAGACUCUCCAGAGGGGGACGCUGUGCCCGAGGAGGAGCCCCAGAGCACCACUCUAUGACCUAUGACCCUAAGGCAUCACAGCUUACCAGCACCCCUAUGGCUGUUCAUAACACUUUAACUGUCGCCAACCCCCAAAGGCCUGAUGGGAAACUCACACUGGCCUCCACCAAAUGCCCACCUGAAACUCCAGAACACAUCUGCUACAGGCUGCAAAGAAACUCAUCUCUUACAAAAUCGCUCGCUAGAACAUAAAUGUGACUAAAAACAAACAAAAAAAAGACACCAAAAUGCCAUAGUGGAGGAACAGUUGCCUUUAGGAGGAAAGACUGGAUUAUAGAUGAGUAUUACAUUCAAUGAUUUCUUUUUUUUUUUAUUUGCUCUGCUUUGUUUCAUCUUUGUUGUUUGAUGCAGUGGUCUGUAUUUCUGUGAGUUUUCUUUUUCUUCUUAUUUUGCCUUAUUAGAACAUGCAAUCAGAAAAUGUUUGCAAUAUGAUAUUCACACACGUUUAUACGACUUUUUUUCCGGGUUUAGGGGGGAAAGAAACUCAAGAGCCUGACAUGGGUUAAGGAGCGAAGCCCGUCCUCAGGGUGAAAAAUCACGGAGACAGAGCGAGAGUCUUACAAAUGCUCACAGGGUAUUCGAGCUUUGUGCACGAGGAAAAAAUACAAAACACCCCCUCCAUCGAGACGCGACAGGAUGAAAACGUUUUAAUGCAGUUUUAUUCUCACCGUCACCUCCCGGCGCUUCUUAUCACAUGUUACGACUGUAGUCCACGCAGGUCUGCUCACUUUAACUCACUUUAUACCAGCACAGUAUGAGAAGAAUGUUACUGUAAAUCUUUUUUGGAAACUUUGCAUCUCUUAGUCCGUUUUUUUUUCUUUUUUUUUUUCUCUCCCCGUGGAAAAGCGCCACGGUGUGUUUUUUUUUGCAUGACGAGCCGAUGAUGAACGAGCCGGGCCUCAGAAUGGAAGUGGUUUAUUUUCCCGUGUGAGUGUUUUUUUUUUUCUGUUGUUGCUGCUGCUGCUGCUGUUGUUGUUGUUGUUGUUGUUGUUGUUGUCGUCGUCGUCCUCGGAGAGUAAAUUUAUCCCGCCGGCCCGCCCGCGCUGUAACGGUUUGAUGCUAACGGAUGGAUGACUACACUGCCUUUAGGUUCGUAUGAUUCUCUCCCUCGACCUUGUUUCAAGUGCUUCAGGUUCAGUGACCUUUGACCCCGAGUGUAAAUACAAAGUCUGUACAUAAAUCCGAUGUAUAUAAAUGAGAGGAAAAGUAUAUGUAAAAUGCAUAUCUUGAAUAUAUAAUAAUAAUAAUAAUAUAUGUGCUGAUAUUUAUCAUGUGUAGAAAGUGUAAUGAUUCAAGAUGUGAUGUUAUUUUUGUCCCCUGCACACGAUGAACAGGUUUACUGUAGAUUCUCGACGUUUCUCUCUGACACCAGGUUACAAACGAUGCUGCAGCAGAAAAAAAAAAAAAAAAAAUGCACAACGUUUGUUUUUUUUCUGCUACGAAUCAGUCGCGGUCGUUUCUGAUUCAGUCUCCUGAGCUUCGACUUCAAACAUGCUAGAGCACUAACGAGUUGCACACACACCGACGCCCUAGCUUCUCUUUUUCUUUGUUAAUCAUUUAUUUAAUCGAUUCCCGUGUAAAUGAUCGGAUUACUUCGAGCACCCCUGGGCCAUUUAAUCAAUUCACAAUGAGGAUAAAUAGUAGUCUAAGCCUGUUUUCUUGGAAUGACUACAGCGAAGUAAAAAAUACAACCCUGAUUCCAUAAAAGUCAAGACGCUGUGUGAAACAGAGUGUGAUCCUUCACUAAUCCUCUUCAGACAGACUCUGAAUUAAACAACAGUACAAACACAAACUGCUUGACAGGGUCGACACGAGGCUGGAAACACUUCAGCAAAACAACAUUUUACAAAACACGACAACUCACUAAAAGACAUAUGCCCGCUACCAAAACUGGUCCAGCUGGACUAGUGCAAGAAACAAUGAGGUGCAUACAUAAAUUUGUGGCAUGCUUAUAGUUUGGUGAGGUUAAAGUCAUAAAACUACUUGGUUAGGUUCAGGAAAACAUUACAGUUUGGGUUGAAAUCAUUAAGUAACUUCUGUUGCAAACCUACGUAAGUAACUUAUGUUCUUUACAUUACGUAACUCCAUUAUAUUAGUAAGUUAAAAGAACCCACCAUUGACCCGACUUCCUGUGUAUCUGGACUCUGUAACUAUAUAAAUAUAUAUCUGUCUAUAUUAUUUCUCUUCACUUCCUCCUUUGCAGCUGUAUUAACGACUACAGCCACUAGAGGUCGCCACAUUACAACUGCUCGUUAUAAGCUGCUUUUAAAGACAGCAUACAUGGUUGUUGAUGAGGACAAGCUGCAGACGACACACAACAUUUCACAAAACACAACGAUGUGUCGGGGCCACCACAGUUUUUACACAGCGUGCUGACUUCUUUCAGGAUUCAGGGUUGUUUGUGCUCGUUUCAGUUAGGAACUGAAACUCGACACACCUCCAAAGUUGACAAACGUGCGCGUCCUCUGUCGUUAGACGGUUGAUCCGAGGUAUUUCAGAUCCAUCAGAUAACAGAUGCUGCAGUGCCACUUUUCUUUCCAUACAAAACGUCUUAGGACAAUGAUUUUGUCAAUUAAAGUGCAAUUACAGUGUUUUACUGAUCCACCUCAGUCCAAAAAAAAAAAAAAAAAAAAAAUACAAGUGGUCAAAGUCACCCACCUCCCCCUCCACUCCCCCCCGAAACCCUGCAGAAAAACAAGCCAUUGAUUUUAUUACAAAGCAAUGAAUUACUUUCUUUAAGUUUGUUUGUUUCUGACUAAAUGAACUCUUGGGUUGAACUUCUCUCCACACAGCUGAUCUACGGUAUGCCUCAGUGUGACUCUGUUUUAUGAAGACUUUGGUGAUGUUGAUAAUUAUCUUGAUAGUUGUGGUGAUUAUACUGUAUGACAAACAAUUUUUUGCAAGUGCCCUCACACUGGUUGUUAUUUUUUUUUUUUUUUUUGGGAACUAUAGGCAUAAUUGAUGUGUACUAGAGGUUUUAUUUUCUGUGUUGGAUCCAUACAUUUAUACAAGGAGGCAGGGGAAUCUCUCUCUCUCUCUCUUUCUAUCUAUCUAUCUCUAUGACUCUCUCUCUUUCUGUGUGCAGACUGAAUGUGACUCACUCAGAUUUUCAAAACGCUACCUGACUUUUUUUGUAAUAACUCGCAGGCAAAAAACAAAACAAAACAAAACAAACAAAAAAAGGAGCGCUUUGUGUUUGGAUGGAGGUUAAUUCGGGGGCCUGUUUGGCAUGUAUUGUUAUGAUUAUGAUGAUUAUCAGUACAGGGUGGUAUUACUGCAAACGCUUCUCCGUGCGUCAUAACUGGAACUUACAGCCACCUUCAAAACAAAACAAAACAAAACAAAAAAAAAAAAAACAAAA